AUGAAGGCCUUCUCCGCCGCUGCGACCGCUGUCGCUGGCGCUACUCUUUUCUUCAGAGCCGCAUUUGCAGAUGUAGACCCUAUUGUCAUUAAAGGCUCGAAAUUCUUCUAUGAGACCAAUGGAACACAAUUCUUCAUUAAAGGCGUGGCCUACCAACAGGAUUAUCUAGGCAAUGGCACAACAUCCAGCGGUGACGACAACUAUAUUGACCCUCUGGCCGAUGCUUCGACAUGCCAGCGAGACAUUCCCUACCUCACCCAACUCGGAACCAACACCAUCCGUGUCUACGCGGUCGACCCCACCAAGAACCACGAUGAUUGCAUGAAUGCGCUGGCAGACGCUGGCAUCUAUGUCAUUGCUGACCUCUCGUCUCCUGGUACCUCGAUCAACCGUGACACCCCCACCUGGGACGAUGACUUGUAUGCUCGCUAUACUGCGGUCAUUGACAACAUGUCCAAAUAUACGAAUACCCUGGGUUACUUUGCAGGCAACGAGGUGUCCAACAACAACACCAACACCGAUGCCAGCGCAUUCGUCAAGGCUGCCGUCCGCGACAUGAAGGCUUAUAUCAAGAGACAAAACUACCGUCCCAUAGGAGUGGGCUAUGCUACCAACGACGAUGCCGAUAUUCGUGUCAAUCUUGCCAAUUACUUCGACUGCGGAGACUCGGCGGAUUCUAUUGAUUUCUGGGGCUACAACAUCUACUCGUGGUGCGGCAAGUCUAGCUACACGCUGUCUGGCUACGAUGAACGUACCAAGGAAUUCUCAACCUACAAUGUCCCUGUGUUCUUUGCAGAGUACGGAUGCAACACCGUUCAACCCCGUCAGUUCACUGAAGUGCAGGCCCUGUUCGGCCCUCAAAUGACUCCUGUGUGGUCGGGCGGCAUUGUCUACAUGUAUUUCCAAGAGGCAAACGACUAUGGUCUGGUCACUGUUUCCGGCGAUUCGGUGAGCACUCUGGCCGACUUCAACGCCUUGUCCACCCAAAUUGCGCAAAUUGACCCAACUGGCGUCAACGCAAACGACUACACCCCGACCAAUACUGCUGCCGCCUCCUGCCCGAGUGUCGGUGACGACUGGCAAGCGUCGUCCAGCCUGCCUCCCACGCCCAACCAAGAACUCUGCGAAUGCAUGUUCAAUGCGUUGACCUGCCGUCCCAACAACGUGCCCACUGACGAGAUUGGUGACUUAUUCGGCGUUGUUUGUGGUCUCGCCGAUGGUGUCUGCGACGGUAUUGCCGCCAACGCCACCACCGGCGACUACGGUGCUUACAGCAUGUGCAAUGCUGAGCAACAACUCGGGUGGGCACUCAACACCUACUACGAACAACAAGCUGCACAAGGAAACGGCGCCUCGGCCUGCGAUUUCAGCGGCUCUGCCUCAACAGCAUCCCCUACCAGCCCAAGUGGAAAUUGCGCGACGUUGAUCAGCCAGGCCGGUAAUGGAGGCACUGGUACUGUCACCUCAGCACCCAGCGGCACGGGAGGGUCGGGAUCGAGCUCCGGUUCUGGGUCUGGAUCCAGCUCAGGGUCUGGCGGCAGCAGCAGCGGUAGCGGCUCGGCAAAUGCCGGUAUCCAUGGAAUUUCGACUCCUAGCCAUGUGGGUGUGAUGCAGCUCGUGGUUUACCUCACGAUCGCAUUUGUUUCAGGGGCGGGUAUGAUUUUGUUGUAG